ACCAACGAAAAACAAGGGUUCAAAACAGGACUACAAAACUUUUUAUUUCUACUAGCUAACAAACCCAUAAUUAUUAUUAUUAUUAUGAAAUUAAUGCUUUCUUCCAUUCCUUCUAUUAUUGGUUUCGUUCGGGUAACAUAAAAAUCACUUCACUUUUCUCUCUCUGUUCUGUUCUGUAUUAUCAAAUAUCAAGCAAACAAGCAAAUUAAGCCAGGUUUCAGGUUUGGAAUCUUUCUCUUCCAGCUGAAGAGAAGUUUGUGAUGUCUACUCUGAGCAAUUCAACAAAUAUAUUUUGGCAAGAAUCUCCUGUUGGGAAGCUUGAUAGGCAAAAGUUACUUAAUCAAAAGGGGUGUGUUGUAUGGAUUACAGGACUCAGCGGAUCAGGAAAAAGCACACUGGCGUGCUCUCUAAGUAGAGAACUCCACUCCAGGGGAAAGCUGUCCUACAUCCUUGAUGGAGAUAACCUUCGGCAUGGACUAAACAAGAACCUUGGUUUCAAACCAGAAGAUCGGACUGAAAAUAUACGCAGAGUUGGGGAAGUUGCAAAACUCUUUGCGGAUGCUGGUUUGAUUUGUAUUGCCAGUCUCAUAUCUCCAUAUAGAAAAGAUCGAGAUGCUUGCCGUGCGAUGUUACCAGAUGCGAAUUUUAUUGAGGUUUUCAUGAACAUGCCUCUAGAAUUAUGUGAAGCAAGAGAUACAAAAGGCCUUUACAAGCUUGCACGUUCUGGAAAGAUCAAAGGUUUUACUGGGAUAGAUGAUCCUUAUGAACCACCAUUGAGCUGUGAGAUUGAAAUACAACAGAAAGAUGGGGUUUGCACUGCGCCAGGUGCCAUGGCUGGGCGAGUAGUGUCUUACCUGGAGGAGAAAGGGUAUCUUCAAUGUCAGUGAUUGACGACACUACAACUAAUGUAUGUGUGAUCUCUUGUAAUUGAUUACUCAAAGUAUAUAGGAUGUCAUUUCAAACACAUGGUAGGCUGCUUCAACACACCUUCAGGCUAUGAAUAGAGAAUAGUGGGCUCAAAGUACUUAUCUGAACAUUUUGAAAUGAAGAAUAUGUCUAGAUUGGUAGGGUAUGGGAAAUUUGGGAUCCAUCCUGUUAACUUAGUGACAUCUAGUCAUAGCUCAUUACCAACCAUCAUUUUUUGUGGAACCCAUGGGAAUCUUAGUUUCAGGUUAUCCAAAAAUGUGUCAACUGUAUGUUGGAGAUGGUUCUACAAAGUACACAUAAUUAUGUAUAUCAUAUUUACCUCAAUUUAAAGUUCA